GACAUCCAACAUGGCGGCCGGUGGAAACCUGUGACGUCAUUGCAAAGGGUCUUUUCUGGAAAUCACAUUUUGCCAAGAUGGCUGUGCCUAUACAUUUUUUGGCCCGGUCACUUAUGAAAAAAUCACUUCAUAACUGCUCUUCGGUUAUCAAAUCACGAAUAAACUUUGUUUCCAGAUAUUCUAGAGGAUGUUCUUCCCAGGAAUGUUUUUAUUCAACCCCUCCUGGACCAAGGCCUGUUCCGCACAGCGAGUUCGAAAAGGCAAAGAUCGACCUUGACUACCGAGAAAAUAUCGAAGUUGAGGAGAUAGAUGAUCCAGAGGCAUUUAAAUGGGUGGAGAAGUUAAUACCAAAUCCUAUUGUUCCUGAGCCGCCACAGCAUGAAAAAUACCCAACACCAUCAGGAUGGAUUCCACAGACAGCCAAACCUGGUGACCUACCAUAUUUUGUUAGAAGAUCAAGAUUUCACAAUAUUCCCGUUUAUUUGGAGCAUCUCAAAAAUAAUACUGUCAAAUGUACAAAGGUUUUGCACAUAGAUGGUGAUAUUUGGGUUUUGGAAGCAGAAUUGAGCGAACACUUAAAAAGUUUACGGAAAAAAGGAGAUAAGCCCAUCAUAACGCAAGUGCAUGAAGUUGGUCGAUUUAUAAUUGUCAAUGGGAUUCAUGUGGAGCCCAUUGUUGCAUUUUUGUUAUCAAAAGGACUUUAGCUCUGGUUGACCAUAAAUGUAACCUGUGUGACAUUUCUGCAAGUGCUUACUGCAUUGAAGUCUUCGAUAUCGAUGUCACUCAUUCAGAUUUCUUGUGGAAACAACUUUGAUCCCUUGAUAAAAAAAUGAAGUGUCUUAAUUACAUGUCAAUCAUGUUUUUGUUGAAAGAUUGGUCUCUGUAAAUACAUAAAUUUGUAAAUA